AUGAAGUUACGUGAAGUUUACGACACGUAUCUCGAGAAGCACAACCCCAUCAUGGGGCAUUAUAAUGCUCUGCGGGAGAAGGACGAGUUCUAUCAGAGCGAUAUAGCUAAAAAUGAUUUACAAAUUCAACAAGCCACAGAAAUUGUAUUAAAUUUACAAAAUGAGUGGACGAAAACAGUAUACACCAUGAGCUGCAAACUGCAGCGCAUGAACAGUCACAAGGAGGAUCUCGCUAAGAAGUACUGGCAAAUGAAGAAAGAAACUAAAACAGCUAGAAGUAGAGAGGAUGAAAUGCUCUCUGUGCUGGUGGACUCCAGUCAUGAUGCCAUAAAAGUU